UUGUAUUGUCAAAUUUGCAAGAAAGCUUAGAUUUUACUUGCUUUCUUUACGUUUAUUCCAGCUCAUACUUUGCUUACUCUGCAACUUCUCUAUAAAACAGUUCUCAUUCUAAAUAUUCAAACCUCGCACGGUCUUUACCUGCCGUUGUGCUCCUUCACUUUUCUUUCUUCCUAUCAAUGAUAGCUCCGAAAUGGCGGAGUUGCAUUCCACCAAAUAUUUACUGGAAACCGGUGAAGCUCUUUCGCCGGAGAUGAUUAAUUUGUUCGACAAGUACGAGCUGGGUAAGCUGCUCGGCUGUGGCGCUUUCGCGAAGGUGUACCAUGCCAGGAAUGUUCGCACAGGCCAAGCCGUGGCUAUUAAGGCUGUGAGCAAGCAAAAAGUGGUCAAAGGAGGGUUCGUAGCGCAGGUUAAGAGGGAGAUAUCUAUCAUGCGCCUAUUGCGCCAUCCGAACGUGGUGAAGCUGCUAGAGGUUUUGGCUACAAAAACAAAGAUCUAUUUUGUUAUGGAGUUUGCUAAAGGUGGGGAACUUUUCACCAAGGUGGCUAAAGGACGGUUCAGUGAGAAUCUAAGCCGUCGGUAUUUCCAGCAGCUUAUUACAGCCGUCGGAUAUUGCCACGCGAGAGGCGUGUUUCAUCGUGAUUUAAAACCAGAGAAUCUUCUCCUUGAUGAGAACUGGGACCUUAAAGUCUCGGAUUUCGGUCUCAGUGCGGUCAAGGAUCAGGUCCGACCCGACGGGUUGCUCCAUACUUUAUGCGGUACACCGGCUUACGUGGCCCCAGAAAUUUUAGCUAAGAAAGGCUACGAUGGUGCUAAAGUGGAUGUUUGGUCAUGCGGCGUCAUCUUGUAUGUGCUGAUAGCUGGUUAUUUACCAUUUAAUGAUACUAACCUCAUGGCUAUGUAUCGUAAGAUCUAUAGGGGCCAGUUUAAAUGUCCCAAAUGGACGUCUCCAGAGCUACGCAGCUUUCUCUCUCGACUACUUGAUACAAAUCCGGAGACUAGAAUCACCAUGGAGGAGAUUCUUCAUGACCCCUGGUUCAAAAAAGACUACAAACAGAUCAAUUUUAAUGCGGAGGAUUUUGAUUUCAAGCCCCGAGAAGAUAAUCAGAACUGCUUAAAUGCCUUCCAUAUAAUAUCAUUCUCCUCCGGUUUCGAUUUAUCAUGUUUGUUCAAUGAAUCCGAUAUUUCGGAUCGAUUUGUGUCCUCGGAGACGCCGGCGAAGAUAACCGAGAGGGUGGAAGAGAUUGCAGUAGCUGAGAAUGUGAAAGUGAGUAAGAACAAAAACUGGGGAGCGAAACUGGAACGGCCAAAUGGUAAUUUUAAUAUGAGCAUUGAGAUUUAUCAAUUAACUGAUAAGUUAGUAGUGGUAGAGAUGAAGGGUAAGGAGGUGAAUGUAAUACCAGGUCAGGGAAUUUGGAAAGAUAAAUUAAGGCCGCAGCUUGGCGGGUUGAUUUAUCAACCACCAUUAACCCAAGAACUUGAAAUCUUAGUUUCAGAUAAUAAUGUGAUUAUGGGUUAAUUUUAAGGUCAUUAAAAAUGUCGUUUGUAAGUUUGGAUGAAAAAACCCAAACUAAUUAAAACCGGGCUUUCUUAUGUAAUUAAUUUUUUGCCCGGAGUAUGCCUUUACUUUUGUAUAUUACAGUGAUAAGAAGAAAGAAUCUUUCAAUACUA